AUGGAGGCCGUGCUGCUGGAGCACUUCCCCGCGGGGCUGGACGCCUUCGGCGCGGAGCCCUACUUCGACGACGACGACGACGACGACCUGAAGGCGCUGAGCGCGGCCGCGGCGGCGGCGGCGGCGGCGCGGCGGCGGCGGCGGGUGCGCUCCGAGGCGGAGCUGCAGCAGCUGCGGCAGGCGGCCAACGUGCGCGAGCGGCGGCGGAUGCAGUCCAUCAACGACGCCUUCGAGGGGCUGCGCUCGCACAUCCCCACGCUGCCCUACGAGAAGCGCCUCUCCAAGGUGGACACGCUGCGCCUGGCCAUCGGCUACAUCAACUUCCUCAGCGAGCUGGUGCAGUCCGACCUGCCCCUGCGCAGCGCCGGCAGCCAGAGCCCCUGCCAGCCCAGGAAGGUCAUCAUCUGCCACCGGGGCACACGAUCCCCUUCUCCAAGUGACCCAGAUUAUGGACUUCCUCCUCUGGCUGGACAUUCUCUCUCUUGGACAGAUGAAAAGCAACUCAAGGAACAAAACAUUAUUAGAACUGCCAAAGUGUGGACCCCGGAAGAUCCCAGGAAGUUAAACAACAAAUCCUCCCUUAGCAACAUAGAAAAUGAACCUCCGUUUGACUUAAUACCAUAA